GCUUUACCGGGCGAAAGGCCAUCUCUGUGCACAUUGUUAAGAAAAUGCUUGAGAAAGGCGAGAUGGUUGAUUAUGCCACAGAUAUCGAUGCACUCCUGGAUCUCAUCAACCCUCUCAUGGUGGACCAGGAAGACCAACCCACCAGGACUGAAGGUGUGUGA